CAGGGAGGCAGAGUUACUGUUAUCGAAGCGCCACUUCUAACUAAACAGAGAGAAAGCAGAUGGAAUUUCAUUGAUUUACCCACAAUCAAAAUUCUCCCCCAAAUUGGACUCCGUAGCAGCAAGUUCUUUCCUUUCCUCGAGAGAAUUUGGGGAGUAAACCAACAGCCACGACCCAUCAUGGAAUGAAUCAAUCCCUUUUCGUGGGUUCGGAUUAUCUUUGCAUUCGUAAACCACCAACCGACUGUUUCUAAUUCUAUAGAUCCUCCAAAACUCUGGAAAAUUAUGACCCAACCCUCAAUCCCACCUCCCCCUUUGCCCCCUUCUGCCGGUGGAGCAGCUGGAGUCCAGGUUCGUUGCGCCGGAUGCCGGAUGAUCCUCACUGUUGGCCCCGGUGUUACGGAGUUCAUCUGCCCCACCUGCCAGCUGCCCCAGAUGCUGCCGCCUGAGCUCAUGACGAGGGUCCGCCUACAACCUCCGCCCUCGCAAUCUGUGCCUGCACAUGGCAUCGAUCCCACCAAGAUGCAACUGCCGUGCGCCAAUUGCAAGGCCAUUCUUAAUGUGCCCCAUGGCUUGGCAAGGUUUUCUUGCCCCCAGUGUGGAGUUGAUUUGGCUGUCGAUUUGAGCAAGAUAAAACAACUCCUUCAGCCCCGCCCACCUCCUGAGGAAGUCAACGAGGUAGCUAUUGAAGUGGAGCGUGAAGAAGAUGAAGGUGGCCCUGUAGGAGAAACGUUUACAGAUUAUCGCCCACCAAAACUAUCCAUUGGUCCUCCUCACCCAGAUCCUAUUGUGGAAACAUCCUCCCUAUCUGCAGUACAGCCGCCAGAACCUACUUAUGAUCUAAGAAUCAGGGAUGAGUUGGAAAAUUCAAAGGCCUUGUCAUGCUUGCAGAUUGAGACUUUGGUCUAUGCUUGUCAGAGGCAUCUCCAGCACCUUCCAGGUGCUGCCAGGGCAGGUUUCUUUGUGGGAGAUGGAGCUGGUGUUGGUAAAGGUCGGACAAUUGCUGGGCUUAUAUGGGAGAAUUGGCACCAUGGGAGGAGGAAAGCAUUGUGGAUUUCUGUUGGUUCAGACUUAAAGUUUGAUGCAAGAAGAGACUUGGAUGAUGUGGGUGCAAUGUAUGUUGAAGUUCAUGCUCUGAAUAAGCUGCCUUAUUCUAAGCUUGAUUCAAAGUCUGUUGGGAUCAAGGAAGGAGUGGUAUUUUUGACAUACAAUAGUCUCAUUGCAUCUUCUGAGAAAGGCCGUUCACGUUUGCAGCAGCUUGUGCAGUGGUGUGGGUCAGGAUUUGAUGGACUUGUCAUUUUUGAUGAGUGUCACAAAGCCAAAAAUUUAGUACCUGAAGCUGGAAGUCAGCCAACACGCACUGGGGAAGCAGUUGUGGAAAUUCAGGCCCGACUUCCUGAAGCACGUGUCAUUUAUUGCUCAGCAACUGGUGCAUCUGAGCCACGCAAUAUGGGUUAUAUGGUCAGGCUUGGUCUUUGGGGAGCUGGAACAUGUUUCCCUGAUUUCCCGAGUUUUCUAGGUGCUCUUGAGAAAGGUGGUGUGGGUGCACUUGAACUUGUUGCCAUGGACAUGAAAGCAAGGGGUAUGUAUGUUUGUCGUACCCUCAGUUACAAAGGAGUGGAAUUUGAGGUUAUUGAAGCACCAUUAGAAGCUGAAAUGGAGGUGUCGUAUAAGCCAGCAGCAGAGUUUUGGGCAGAGUUGCGGGUGGAGUUACUAACAGCCAGUGCUUUCCUUAAUGGCGAUAAACCUAAUUCCAGUCAGCUUUGGAGGUUAUAUUGGUCUAGCCAUCAGCGUUUCUUCAGACACAUGUGCAUGUCAGCUAAGGUCCCUGCAACUGUGAGGCUAGCCAAGCAAGCAUUAAUGGAAGAUAAGUGUGUAGUUAUUGGUCUUCAGAGUACUGGGGAGGCUCGGACUGAGGAAGCUGUGACAAAAUAUGGUCUUGAACUUGAUGAUUUUAUUUCGGGACCACGAGAGCUGUUGCUGAAAUUUGUGGAAGAAAAUUAUCCUUUGCCUGAAAAGCCCGAACCUGACCAAGAAGAGGAAACUGUAAAGGAACUUCAACGUAAGAGGCACUCAGCAACGCCUGGUGUUUCGUUUAAAGGGAGAGUUAGGAAGGUUGCCAAAUGGAAUCCAGCAAGUGAUGGUGAAAGCGAUGAAGAUUCUGAAAGUGAUUCUGCACCUGAAUCUACUGAAUCCGAUGAUGAGUUUCAGAUCUGUGAGAUGUGCAAUACUGAGGAGGAAAGGAAGAAGUUGCUUCAAUGUUCCUGCUGUGGCAAGCUUGUCCAUCCUGCAUGUUUAGUGCCGCCAAUUACUGAUGUCAUACCUGAUAAAUGGUCAUGUUAUUCAUGCAAGGAGAAAACUGAUGAAUAUAUUCAAGCAAGACGUGCCUACAUAGUAGAACUUUCAAAGAGGUAUGAAGCUGCUUCAGAGCGUAAGUCAAAAAUUUUGGAGAUAAUUCGUUCUUUGGAUCUACCAAAUAAUCCCUUGGAUGACAUUAUUGAUCAGCUUGGGGGUCCUGAUAGAGUUGCAGAAAUGACAGGGAGGCGAGGCAUGCUUGUAAGGGCCUCCAGUGGAAAGGGUGUAACUUACCAGGCACGAAACACAAAGGAUGUAACAAUGGAAAUGGUCAACAUGCACGAGAAGCAGCUCUUUAUGGAUGGUAAGAAGUUGGUUGCCAUAAUUUCUGAAGCUGGCUCAGCUGGGGUGUCCUUGCAGGCAGAUAGAAGAGCACUGAAUCAGAAAAGAAGAGUUCAUAUAACCCUAGAACUUCCUUGGAGUGCUGACCGGGCAAUUCAACAAUUUGGAAGAACUCAUCGGUCAAAUCAAGCUUCUGCACCUGAAUACAGGCUUAUUUUCACAAAUCUUGGUGGAGAGCGUCGCUUUGCUUCCAUUGUUGCCAAGAGGUUAGAGUCUCUUGGAGCCUUAACACAGGGAGAUCGCAGGGCAGGACCAUCUUUGAGUGCUUACAAUUAUGAUAGUGCAUAUGGAAAAAAGGCAUUGAUGGUGAUGUAUAGAGGGAUCAUGGAGCAGGAUAAGUUGCCAGUUGCGCCACCUGGAUGUACAUCAGAAAAACCAGAUACAAUCGAAGAAUUCAUAACAAAAGCAAAAGCUGCUCUUGUGUCUGUUGGAAUAAUUAGAGACACAGUUCUUGGUAAUGGGAAGGACAAUGGAAAGCUCUCUGGCCGUAUUGUCGAUUCAGAUAUGCAUGAUGUUGGUCGUUUCCUGAAUCGGCUUUUAGGACUACCACCAGAUAUUCAGAACAGGUUAUUUGAGUUAUUCAUCAGCAUCUUAGAUGUUCUUAUACAAAAUGCCCGAAUUGAAGGGAAUCUUGACUCAGGAAUUGUUGAUAUGAAAGCUAACAUUAUUGAAUUGCAAGGAACACCAAAGACUGUUCAUGUUGAUCAAAUGUCUGGAGCAUCAACAGUUCUGUUCACUUUUACUCUGGAUCGUGGAAUCACUUGGGAGUCUGCAAGUAUCAUGCUUGAUGAGAAGAAAAGGGAUGGGCUUGGUUCAGCUCAUGAUGGAUUCUAUGAAUCUAAGAGGGAAUGGUUGGGACGGCGUCACUUUAUUCUUGCUUUUGAGAGCUCAACCUCUGGGUUCUUUAAGAUUGUCCGCCCUGCUGUUGGGGAAUCAGUAAGGGAAAUGCCUCUGGCAGAACUAAAAAACAAAUAUAGAAAGGUUUCAUCUCUAGAGAAAGCCCGUAGUGGAUGGGAGGAUGAGUAUGAAGUUUCUUCAAAGCAGUGCAUGCAUGGCCCCAAUUGUAAGCUUGGCAACUAUUGUACGGUUGGAAGACGACUCCAGGAAGUUAAUGUUUUGGGUGGUCUCAUUUUUCCAGUUUGGGGCACUAUUGAGAAGGCCCUUUCUAAACAGGCUCGUCAAAGCCACAGGCGCCUUCGUGUUGUGCGGCUAGAAACCACAUCAGAUAAUAAGCGGAUUGUUGGGCUUCUUGUGCCAAAUGCAGCAGUUGAAACCGUGCUUCAAGACUUGGCAUGGGUUCAAGAUAUUGAGGAUUAAACAAGAGCAGCAGUAAUUUUGCUUAAUCUGAUAGUCUUUGUGAAGGUGCUUUUUGAGGGAACAUAAGCAAGUAAAAUGGAAGCAGCACUAGCUUUGCACAGAGAGGACAAGGCGAGCUGCUCUGAACCACGUUACUGAUGUGCAGCCUUAUUCAUUUUGAUUUUUUUGAAUUAUAGCUCCAUUUUUUGGCAUAUAAUUCUGUAUAUUAUCAACAUUGUCAUAGAGGGAAAAUAGACAACAAUCUUCCCU